UUGUCGAAUCUUUAUUUGUCUCAUUGCUAGUCGUGAUGUCGUGGUCGAAAAACACGAUUACGAACAGCCGUCGAAUAUCCGACAAUUUUGAAUUACCACCGACACCGCCAACACCGUCGUGUCUUCACUUGGAAGGACAGAACCCCAGAUCAGCGACAGAUUGCGAGAUGACAUCUUGGUGUCAUAGAUGGUCCUGGAGCAAUUCCUGUAGUGGAUUUGACAUUGCAACCGACGAAAUCACCCGUCUACACUCUUCACCAUAUAUCGCGAAUUUUCUUCAAAGCACCGACUCCAAUCAAAAUUAUCGCAGGUGGGAGCAAUAUUUUCAGCAAGAUAUCACAGAUUGUCAUACGAUAAUCGAUCCGUCGAAUGAGAAGGAAGAUGUGACAUCUUCGAACGAAUCCAAAGAUUUAUUAUACGAAAAUCAAGAUGUGAUGUCCUCGACAAAUACAGAAACGAUGUUUCGCACUUGGGAAAUACCUCAUUUGCAAAAUACGAUUAUAAAUUAUGAGGAUAAGAACAAGUAUCAAUUUUGGCAAGAUUCGCAACACAAUCAAAGUUGUGCGAAUUCAUUCUUCGGAGAAAAUACACCUCCGCAUCAUCGAGAACAAGAAACAACGAAAAGGGCAAGCGAAAAGCCGCGGAAAGAGAGAACCGCAUUUACAAAGCAACAAGUUCGGCAUCUCGAAUGCGAGUUUGCGCACAGUAAUUAUUUAACACGUUUGCGUCGCUAUGAGAUUGCUGUAGCGCUGGAUUUGACAGAACGUCAGGUGAAAGUGUGGUUUCAAAAUAGACGUAUGAAGUGGAAGCGAACAAAAGGAAGCACGACGAAUGUAUAGGAAACCGCUACUGUAUCGUGAUAUAUUUUUCAAGUAUCGAUAAUUUAGUAUACAACACUUAGAUGUAAU